AUGGUUGGAGCUUAUAGCUGGCUGAAGAGAGCCGCCUUGGGCGUGCCUCGUCAUUGGCAAUCCUCCCUCGUCGGCUCUUCCGCUUCUACUGUCGCAUCCACCGCGCCGGCGACAUCCUCUUCUGCGUUCAUUCAGCGCCAAGGUCGAGGUUAUCCUUCAUCAAGGCCGUUUUCCACCGCCUCGAAGCCCGUCGGCUCUCCCACCUCAUCUCGGACGUCCUCGUCCACAUCAUCGACAUCCUCCUCGUCUUCGGCCACCUCGUCAUCGUCGUCGGCAUCAUCUGGCUCCUCUCAGUGGAAACCUCCUCCUCCACCCUCUGGCUCCACCGCAGCCUCCCGUAAACAGUCCCGCAACGAGUGGCUUCUCGUCGGCGUCGCAGGAUCCGCAGCAGCAGUUGGCUCUUGGUACUACUGGUCCAAUAUCCGUCCACGCCAUCAAGCCAACAAGGCCGCCGCCGCUGCGCUCGCCGCCAACUCGGCUCCGUUUUCUCUCACGGCGGAGAGCAGAACUUCCUUCUCCAUCCCCACCCGCCAAGCUCAAGCUGGUGGCCCCACCAACAAGGUGAUUAGCACCCUCACCAACGCCGAGGUCGACCGGCGUCUCACCGAGAACCAACGCAGCACCCGCGUUGACCGACCCCAGGGUGCAUGCCUCGUUGCACGCUACGACACCAACUCGGUCGCAAGCAACGAUCCCAUCGAAGACAAGCGGGCUGAGGUGAUUGUGGAACGUGACCGAGGUAUUGGCGAUAGUCGACCUUCCUCUUCCUCCACCUCACCUGCGGUCUCGCCGACUCCCAACACAGCGACCGGUAGCGCAAAUGGCGACCUUUGUUUUUUCGCGGUCAUGGACGGCCACGCUGGCUUCCACACUAGUACGCUACUCAGCCAAAAGCUCAUCGCUUUUGUUGCCCUCGAGCUCGACAAGGUGUUCAGGGAAGCGGGCGAGUACGCCGAGAUUGCCAAGGCCAAGUCCGCCAUGCCCAGUAAGCUCUGGCGUGCCCUCGUUGGCGGUGGCCCCGCUGCAAGUUCGACCACUGGAUCAAGCAGCGGUCUAGAUGGUGACCCUGAGGUGGUCAAGAGGGCCAUUGCCAAGGCAUUCCGCGGUCUGGACAAGGAGAUCGUCAACACACCUGUUGAGCUGCUCAAGGAAUACGAGCUCAGCUUGGCUUCCACCUCGUCCAGCUCAGUCUCGCCGGAAGGCGGCGCAGGUAACACACGAAGCCUCAGCUCGCUCGCACACAGCAUUUUCCCUAGCUCGAUCAACGCUACUUUCACUGCCACGCAGAAGAGCGCCUACGAAAGCAUCCUUCCUGCCAUGUCUGGCAGCUGUGCUCUGCUCACCUACAUCGACUCGGCUCGUCAGGAUGUAUACGUCGCGUGCACCGGCGAUUCGCGUGCCGUCGCCGGCUACUGGGACGAAGACUCUGGCAAGUGGGAAGUCGAGGCGCUUUCGGUGGAUCAGACCGGCCGCAACCCAGAUGAGGUGCGACGCAUGCGCUCCGAGCACCCUCCCUCUGAGUCCGAAAACGUUAUCCAGCGUGGUCGCGUGCUGGGCGGGCUCGAGCCUACGCGCGCGUUCGGAGAUGCCAGGUACAAAUGGGAUCGCGAGCUCCAAGGUCGUCUCUACGAUGCUUUCUUGCCCGGCGGUCGAUCGUCAACGCGUGGACCUCCUCGUGGACUCGAAACUCCUCCGUAUGUCACGGCUACCCCGGCGGUGGAGUGGCGCAGAGUCGGCGAGACCAGCUCGAGCCCAAACAGGGAGCUGCGCUUUAUCAUUAUGGCAACCGAUGGGUUGUGGGAUAUGAUGAGCAACGAAGAGGCUGUCAGUCUAGUUGCUGGCCAUCUUGCUGGGAUCAAGGGCACCAUUCGUUCAUCCGAACUGCAACGCCACACCUUCCAACCUAUUGAUAAGUUGCACUCGUUGCCGUCAACAACUUCUGUGCCUUCACCGUCGACAGAGACAGCAGCGGCCGCAUCAACGUCUGUUCGUGCUGCCUCGUCUGACGAGCAGCGAGAGCUGGCCGUGUCCAAACAGCAUCCACUCUCCAAGGGUCCCGAAACGCUCAGGACAUUCCAGUUCCAGGACGAGAACCUCUCGACCCAUCUGAUCCGCAACGCGCUGGGCGGCGCCAACCAGCAACGCGUCGCAGGUCUGCUUGCUAUCCCUGCGCCCGAAAGCCGAAGAUACAGAGACGACAUUACGGUCAACGUCAUUCUGUUCAACUCUUCUGCCUCGACUCCGCCAGCGCAGCAGUCGGCAGCCGCUCCGAGCGGCGAUGAGAUCAAGGCCAAGCUUUGA